ACACACACACUCUCUCUCUCUCUCUCUCUCUCUCUAUCUCUAUCUCUAUCUAUUUUAUUUAUUUUGUUUGGGCCUUUCGCUUACAAAAUUUCGCUUAGUGAAAAUACCAGUGUUUGGAUUCUUGUUUGGCUUGCAAAUUGAAAGCUUGACGAUUGAUUGUUUGUUGGAGCCUUAUCGGGAAUUAAAGGCGCAUAGUGGCGUGGUUCCUACUUUUCCUGGAUAAGGAGUUGAGGAAUUGCUUUUAUUGGACUUGAAGCAAUCCAAACACCUUCUAUCUGGAUUUGCAAUUUUGCUCUGCUUCUUUGUUUUUCUCUAAGUAACUGCUUAGGGAGGGAUUAGCAUAACACCCAAAGGAGGGAAAACAGAAUUUUUGAGAAAAAUGGCUACACUCGGAGAUAUAGGGCUUUCAGCAGCCUUAAACAUCCUUAGCGCAUUGAUUUUCUUCCUGGCAUUUGCCCUUUUGAGGAUACAACCUUUCAAUGACAGAGUCUAUUUUCCGAAAUGGUAUCUUAAAGGAUUAAGAAGCAGCCCAUCACACUCUGGGGCAUUCGUGCGCAAGUUUGUUAAUUUGGACUUUAGGUCUUAUUUGAGGUUUUUGAAUUGGAUGCCGGUUGCGUUAAAGAUGCCGGAACCUGAGCUUAUUGAUCAUGCAGGACUUGAUUCCGCUGUUUACUUGCGAAUCUACUUGUUGGGACUUAAGAUAUUUGUUCCGAUAGCUUUUCUUGCAUGGGCUAUCUUGGUACCAGUUAACUGGACAAGUAGCAAUUUGAAUGGCAAGCAGUUAUUGAAUGUAACUUCAAGUGACAUUGAUAAGCUUUCGAUUUCAAAUGUUCCAGCUGAAUCCCCCAGGUUUUGGACUCACAUAGUGAUGGCUUAUGCUUUUACCUUUUGGACAUGCUAUGUGCUGCUAAAGGAGUAUGAAAAAAUUGCUUCAAUGCGCUUGCAAUUUCUUGCAUCAGAAAGACGCCGUCCAGAUCAAUUUUCAGUGCUUGUUAGAAAUGUUCCACCGGACCCAGACGAAUCCGUAAGUGAAAGUGUGGAGCACUUUUUCCUGGUGAAUCAUCCAGAUCACUAUCUUACCCAUCAGGUGGUGUACGAUGCAAACAAACUUGCCAAAUUGGUGAAGAAGAAGAAAAAGAUGCAGAAUUGGCUUGUGUAUUACAGAAACAAAUUUUCAAGAAAUGAUUCUAAGAGGCCCAUGAUGAAGACUGGUUUUCUUGGGCUUUGGGGAGAUAGAGUGGAUGCACUUGAAUAUUAUACAACUGAGAUUGAUAAACUGUCAAAAGAAAUAGCUGAAGAAAGGGAAAGAGUCAUAAAUGAUCCCAAGUCUGUCGUGCCUGCAGCAUUUGUUUCCUUUAAAACUCGAUGGGGUGCUGCUGUUUGUGCACAAACUCAGCAAUCCAGAAAUCCUACUCUUUGGCUAACAGAUUGGGCUCCAGAACCGCGUGAUGUUUACUGGAAAAACCUUGCUAUCCCAUAUGUUUCACUAACAGUGAGGAGGCUAAUUAUGGGUGUCUCAUUCUUUUUCCUCACCUUUUUUUUCAUGAUUCCCAUUGCAUUUGUACAAUCUCUUGCAAGCAUUGAGGGAAUUGAGAAAGCAGCACCGUUCCUGAAGCCCAUUAUAGAAAUCAAAUUCAUUAAGUCCUUCAUCCAAGGAUUUCUACCUGGAAUUGCAUUGAAGUUAUUUCUCAUCUUUCUGCCUGGGAUAUUGAUGAUAAUGUCUAAAUUUGAAGGCUUUACGUCCCUAUCUUCUCUCGAACGAAGAGCAGCAUCUAGAUAUUAUCUCUUCAAUUUUGUGAAUGUAUUUCUUGGGAGCAUAAUUGCUGGAACAGCAUUUGAGCAGCUGGAUACUUUCAUGAAUCAAUCGGCAAAUGAAAUUCCUGAGACACUUGGUGUAGCAAUUCCUAUGAAAGCAACUUUCUUCAUAACUUAUAUAAUGGUUGAUGGAUGGGCUGGUAUAGCCGGAGAGAUUCUAAUGUUGAAACCACUCAUAAUUUAUCACCUCAAGAAUUUCUUCUUGGUGAAAACUGAGAAGGAUAGAGAGGAGGCAAUGGAUCCAGGAAGUCUUGGUUUUAACACUGGGGAACCUCGUAUACAAUUCUACUUUUUACUAGGCCUUGUUUAUGCUACAGUGACACCAGUUCUACUUCCAUUCAUAAUAGUUUUCUUUGCCCUGGCUUAUGUCGUGUUCCGUCAUCAGAUCAUUAACGUUUACAAUCAGGAGUAUGAGAGUGGUGCGGCAUUCUGGCCCGAUGUCCAUGGCCGUGUUAUAAUUGCAUUGGUCAUUUCGCAAGUGCUUAUGAUGGGAUUGCUUGGUACAAAGGAAGCUGCUCAAUCGACACCAUUUAUCAUUGCACUUCCUGUACUCACUAUAUGGUUCCACAUGUUCUGCAAAGGUCGCUAUGAAUCUGCGUUCGUCAAAUAUCCAUUACAGGAAGCGAUGAUGAAAGACACACUGGAAAGAGCUAGGGAGCCAAACCUGAAUUUGAAAGGAUACCUUCAAAAUGCAUAUACUCAUCCAGUUUUUAAGGAGAGCGAGGAGGAUGAAGAAGAAGACCAUGAAGUAGGUGGUGACAGUUGGGAAACUGAGAGUGCACGUGUGCCAACAAAACGUCAGUCCCGAAGGAAUACGCCGUUGGCCAGCAGAAUAAGCGGCGUAUCUUCACCUUCAUUGCCUGAUGCUGUUGUAGAACAACCGUAGGAGCAGCUUUAGGUCCCAAGCUCAACCAUCUUAUAUUUAAUGUAAUGUAUAUUUGACCUUUACAACAUCACACCAGUGGAGGAUGGCGCUGUAUAUUAUAUUGAGAAGGACUAUAAUGUACAGAGAAAAUUUAUAUAAUGACGGAAGGAAGUAGGUUCUGGAUUUUGUGUCUGCCAAUUGGAAGAAAUUGGUAAUUGAAUGUACAAUGGCCAAAAGGACUCGUUAAAAGUUAAAAUUCAUGUUA